AUGGCUCCCGGGGUGUUCAGCAGUAGUUUCCGCGAUGACUUCUUGGUGUUCAUCAGUUUCAGAGGGUUCGAUGUGCGAUAUGAAUUGAUCGGUUUCCUCUACGCGGCUCUCCGCCGAGCAGGGGUCCGACCCUUGUUCGAUGAGGAUUUCAGGAGAGGGAAAGAGAUCUGGCCAGAGAUCGAGAGAGCGAUUGUAGGUGCCAAGAUGUCGAUCAUUGUUUUAUCGGAAAACUUCGCUAAUUCGGAGUGGUGCUUGGAUGAGGUGGUCCUGAUUAUGGAACUCCACAGAGCUGCAGGUCAAAUCGUUAUUCCGGUGUUCUUCCGCUUGACCAAGGCCGUGGUAGAGCAGCAGAGUGGGAGUUUCGCCGACCCGUUCGCUAUAUACGAUGCGGAGAAGCCUGAAAAGGCGAACACCUUCAGGGCUGCACUGUCAAAUGCGGUGGAAAUCAGUGAUGGAGAUAGGCAUGUAGCGCCUGCAAUUAGGCCCGCAGAAAAAGUUGUUGAUGACAUUGUUCUGAAUGUGUUGGAGAAGAUGAACCUUGAGUCCUUGGAUGCAGAUUACAAAGGACUAGUCGGGAUCAAGCCGCGUAUGCUGCAGGUCCAACAUCUCUUGGAUGCUCCAUCUGAUGGUAUCUGCAUUGUCUCCAUUUGGGGUAUGGGAGGCAUGGGGAAGUCUAAGCUUUCAGAGUGUGUGUAUGGUAGUUGCUGUGGUCAAUUUGAUGGGUUUUGUGCUCUUAGCAACUACGAAGGAGAUCAAUUGCGGCGAGAGUUGUAUGGCAUGAGGAAUAGAGGGUACAAGAAAGUUCUCAUCCUACUGGAUGGAGUGAAUAAAGUGCAACAGAUAGAAUUUUUGGCGGACCUGUGCGAUAAAGUGAAAUUCGGAGCUGAAAGCCGAAUCAUAGUCUCCACCAGGAACAGACAAGUCUUUAAGGGAGUUGGGUGCGAGGAUUUUGAGGUAAGAACGUAUGAGGUUCCACCCUUGACAUCACCUGAAGCACACGAUCUCCUGAGGUUAGUUGCAUUCGGUGGGAACAGUCCUUCAAUCGACUUUGAUGCUGUGGUUGAAGGGGUGAUAAAGUAUGCCGGUGGCAAUCCAGGAGCACUGAUCGAGCUGGGGAAAUUCUUAAGUACGAAGCCAGAUGCACGUUUGUGGGAGAGCAAACUGAAGAAGCUAACACGAUUUCCUCUACCAGGUGUCAAUAGCGAUCUGAUGACUAGUUUCGAUGAACUAGAUUCUGAGGAACGAACCAUUUUCCUCCACGUUGCAUUCAAUUUCAAAAGAAGAGGAAAGGAGGCUGUCAUUGCUGUGUUGGACGCCUGCGAUCUUGAUGCAAUAAAUGGAAUAACAUCUCUGGUGGACAGGUCUCUUGUUCUUGUCGACAGAUAUGAUCGCCUGUCGUUACACGCCCUGCAUGAAGCGAUGGCUACCGAAAUCGUUCGCAAAGAUCCAACUUGGACCAUUGAGAAUUUAAGAUGA